AUGUCUGAUACUCAACCGGACGAAAUAAAGACCACGAAAGAUGCUCAAGAUGAAAGCAAGACCGCAAAUGCUUCCAUUAGCAUUGAAGGCUCAACGCAAGAUGUCAUACAUCGCCGCCAAAGAAUAUCGGACCUCUUUACAAUCUGCUGUGCAGGAGCAGCACUUAUAUCAGAUGGCUAUCAGAAUAACCUGAUGACAAUGUCGAAUGUGCUGUUCAAGAAGGAAUAUCCAAAGCAGUAUACGUCGUCCGUCAGUACUCGGGUCUCCAACGCUCUCCUUGUUGGCGAGAUUCUCGGUCAGAUUGCCAUUGGUCUCACGUGCGACUAUCUUGGACGAAAGACAGCCAUUGUGCUCACAACAAUGUGCAUUGUCGUCGGAGGUAUCCUAGCCACAGCAGCACACGGCACGACCAUCGAUGGCAUGUUCUGGAUGCUGACGGUAGCUCGAGGAGUCGUUGGCUUCGGAACUGGUGGCGAGUAUCCUGCCAGCAGCACAUCUGCUUCGGAGUCUGCCAAUGAGCGAGCAUUGAACAAACGAGGACCGAUAUUCAUCCUUGUUACGAAUUUGCCGCUAUCCUUUGGAGGUCCACUUGCAGUCUCUAUCUUUAUGAUUGUUCUCUCAGCCGCUGGAAGGGAAAAUCUCUCGACUGUGUGGCGCGUUUGUUUUGGAAUCGGGAUCUUGCUACCUCUCACUGUCUUUUACUUCCGAUUACGCAUGCUUAACUCGAAGCUCUACCGCCAGGGUGCAAUAAAACGAAGGGUUCCUUAUGCCCUCGUUCUUCGUUACUAUUGGAAAACUCUCAUUGGCACUUGUGGUGCUUGGUUUCUGUAUGAUUUUGUCACGUUUCCAAAUGGGGUCUUCUCGGGCACCAUCCUUGCCUCUGUGGUACCCGAGGGCGGCAACACUCUUUUACACACAGCAGAAUGGCAGCUCCUUCUCGGUUGCAUUGCUCUUCCUGGUGUAUUCAUCGGUGCUUGGAUGUGCGACAGGGUGGGUAGGAAAAACACCAUGAUGGUAGGGUUCGCAGGGUAUCUGGUGUUUGGUCUGAUCAUUGGCUGUGCAUAUGACAAGAUCACCAAGAUUGUCCCCUUGUUUGUUGUUUUCUAUGGUCUCAUGCAGUCUUCUGGAAAUCUUGGUCCCGGAGACAUGCUUGGUUUGCUCUCGUCCGAAAGCUACGCCACAAGUGUCCGCGGAACGUGUUACGGCAUCAGUGCAGCGCUGGGCAAGACUGGGGCAGCUGUAGGAACGCAGGCUUUCAAGCCGAUUCAGCUAAAUCUAGGGAAGCGCUGGACAUUUAUUAUUGCUGCAAUUUGCGGCGUGACAGGGAUUUUGGUGACAUAUUUCUUUAUCCCGAAUGUCACGGGAGAGGACUUGAGUAAGAAUGACGAGAGGUUCCGUGUGUACCUUGUGGAUAAUGGAUGGGAUGGGGAAAUUGGGGAAGGGGAGCUGAAAUCUUCUGCUAAUGACACUAGUCAAUUUAGUAAGCGGAAAACAGACGCUUAG